UUGGGUGACACAAAACCUACCGGCUCCGUCCUCUAGCAGGCACCCAGCCGCUCACCGCCAACCACGAAAGCCAAAAUUGCCAGGCUCCUGGAAUUAAUCCCGAGCCGGCUGCAUUCAUUUUUCUUUCUUCUGUCGUUUAAUCCAGCCGACAGGUUUCACGGCAAAACAUUUCUUUACUUUUGGUUUUCAUUAAAUAGCGCGAAAAAAAAAUAUUCCGCUGCUGCCGUGGCAAAAGACAAGGUUCUGAAGGUGGAGGAAAGUAAAAACUAAAUUGUCGUCGUUGUUGUCGUUGUCGCAAUGACUUUGUUUUGUUCGUGCGCGUGGCUCGAGAAGAGGAGCUGCACUUGUUGAGACCCUCUGGGAGGAGGCCGUUGCCUGCGAUGACGACAAUGCCGAGGAUGAUGAUGAUGAUGAUGACGACGACGAUGAUGGCGAUGGCGGUGACGAUGGCGCGGCUGAGGGGUGACCACGGCGCGGGGCCACCGUGCGCGUGGCUUCUCGCGGUCGCCUCCGCCGUCGCCACCCUGGGUGUCCGCGCGGAGCCCACGGGGACGAGCCCGGCCCUGGCAGGCUUCUUCGAGGUGGACAAGUGCGACCUGUGCCUGGGCACCUCGCUCUGCCCCCAGAUCCUCAGCGGCGACGUCGUAAUCGAGGAGUGGUCACCCGCACAACCGAGUGGCUACGGCGGCGGGAGGUCGAGGGGCACGCCCGGUGACCGCACGCGCUACCGAGGCCGUCACCGCAACGAGGCCGAGCCCUGGCGCGCGGUGGAGGCAGUGAGACCUCUGGAGCGGUCGGUGGCGGACGCCCUGGAGGUGGCUUUGUGCGCCCGACGCAACGACACGGGGUUCUGCGACUCCGCUCGGCGGCGCUCGCCUCGCUUGCGGCGAUGGGCGCGAGCCAAUCGGCUGACGGUCGACUUGGUGCAGGGCCUGCGCUCUCCACUGCUGGCCUGUCCCUCCCAGAGGCUGCUGGACCGCAUCGUGCGUCGCUUCGCGGAGGCGAGCGACGGGGGCAGCGUGUUCAUGCACCACCUGGACGAGCGCGACAGACUGCGGCUGCUCUUCACGCUCGCCGCCAGCCCCCAGCUAGUGCUGCAGCAGAUUUUUCCGAUGCAGGAGGGGUGGCCCUUCGCCCGGUACUUCGGUGCGUGCGGGCGGCUGGCCGUGUCGGUGGGCACGGUGCCGCUCGCCGAGUUCGUCGGUGCCGACGCGGAACGCAGCGCCGACCUCGCCUACCAGGCUCUGACCAUCACGGCCGGCAUGACCUCCAAUGACUUUGGCUACCUCCUCUACUUCACCGAGAUGCAUGGGGCGGUGUUUGGAGUGCGCUGCGACGGGCAGCUCCGCAUUGCGGACGCCAGCGUCGUCGGAGUCUUCGACCAGAAGCAGCCGAGCGCGCCGCCCACAGCAACCGCGACGGAAUUCAGCGACGACAUCUUCUCCACGUUGUGGAAAAACGGAAGCCAUCUCCUCCUCUUCCCUUCGUCGUCGUCUUCAUCAUCAUCAUCGUCGUCGUCGCAUCCACCCUCAACUUCAUGCAGCGCCUUCCCCUCCGCGGACGAGCUGGAGGCUCGGAACGUGGCGCUCGUGUGCCACUUGGCGCUGCGCCCGCUGCUCACCGGCGCGUUCCACUCCCCGCGGGGCCUCCAGCACCAGGUGGACUCGCUGCUGGCGCUGUGCGAAGACUCGGCCAUGGGCCCACGCGUCGUCACGCAGGGCGCCGCUUGGCUCCGCUCGCUGCUCGCCUCGCUGAGGCCAUGCAGGCCCGACUUCCCCUACCGCUACCCCGAGUGCCGCUACGGUGGCAGUGGGUUGUAGACGUGGUCGGGAAAACGAUUUAAAAACUCAACUCUAUUUUAAUUUAGCAGGUAAGGCCCACUUCAGACUCUGUCUUCUCGACAGACCUGUUCUCCACCUGAGGACGGCUGCUUGCGUUGUGGCCGAAACGUCGUGAGAAUGAUUUUAUUAUGUUUUAUUUUUAUUAUUUCCAUUCUACGUGACUUUACCGAAAGAACCAAGAAGAUGAAUCCCUGCAGUCACGAAAGCUUUAAAUCGAAAUUUAAGCCCACUGAUCUGUAUAGCUGUUUUCAGAACUAAUCUGGCAAUAAAUGGUAGCUCAACGAAGUGGCUUAUCACGUAGAAAUGAAAUGCAGCUAAAUACUCUAAAACGUGGGUUGAUUCUAAAUGGAGAGAUAAAUGCACGCCACCACGGGGAGAGCAUGCAAACUCCAAAUAUACAGGCGCCAGGAUAAGGAUCUGGCCCACGACCUCUUGUAUACCAGGCGGGGUAGUUAACAUCUCGCCACUAUACGAGGUUGAGGGGUAGCUGAGAACCUGGUUUCAAAUCCAGAUUGGAAUAAUGAACCGCUGUAACAAAUAACAAUUGCGCUAACGCUGGGCGAUGUCACCUCCACCAUGGGAACUGCUCGAGUGUGGGGAGGGUGAAAUGAUGGGUUGCAUCGCUUCGUUUCGGGAGUCACGUUGAAACUUCUCAUCUGUCGAUCAGACUUACACACGUCGCUGAUGUCGGCAUCAGCGACCGAUUCUCCCUGGUACUGGUUCCACUGUGCAACUUCCAUGCUGUUUAUUAACUGGGGACACUUAAUCCUGAAUAAAAAUUUGCACCGUACUCAACCGCAU